AUGAGGGAUUUGACUCCGUCGAAGACCUUAUCUGGAGCCGUAUACGGGUUAGCGCUGCGUCAGAAGUCGGACGACAGUGAGGUCAGAUGGGUAAAGUCUCCGACUCCUGAGAACUAUACGGCCACAGCUAGUCUUUCGUUGCUCCGAGAAGAGAGCAAUCAAUCACUGGCACCGUCUACCGCGUUCAAUCACAGUGGUGGUGGAGCGAGUUUGGAGGCUUGGAGCAGUCAGCGUACUGGCACAUAUACCGGUGGGCCUCUCCUGCAGUCUGUAGAGACCGCUAUCCGUCAAACACAGCCAGUCAUUGGUCAAGACGAUGCCUACCCGGCUGAGGCGAGGCGAGAAGUGCGGCUUCCACCGACGGCAGAACUUGAUCCACUCUUUCGAUGGUUAAACGACUUCACGCUAUACGACAAUGACGACCCAAGGAGCCUCCAACCGAGCCAUAACAGUGCUACGUUGCUCUCUGCACCGGAUCAGAGCGUACGACAGGCGGGGUCCACGGAAGCUGCAGCGGUACUCAGAUCUCAGGAACGUCAAUCGCCUGCUGCUAUACUGAGCGUGGAUGAAGACGAGUUAGACACCUUGGAUUAA